GUUAAUGUCUAUUAUUUGUUUGUUUUCCACAUGCACAGACAUGGCUGCCAGUUCAUCGCACUUGCGAACCACAGUCGUAAAUUCCUCACUUGUGCAUCUGCUGAAUACAUUAUUCUCAGAACACGAACACGGAUCAGUCUAGUUGGAUCAAGGGCUCAAUUCAGCACAAGGGUGUCACUACGACUGUUUCAAGAUCAAAGCACAGUAGCUAUCACCGAUUCUCAUUCUUCAACAACAACCGCAGCAAUAGCAGUGAAAGCCGCUGGUUUGACUUAUAGGCCUGCUCUUGCUUCAAAGAGCAAAUUUGUUAUCAAACCAUUGGCUACUGUCCGUACUCCACAUCAACAAACAGAGCAUCCAUGGACAUCACAGGAGGAUGACCUAUUAUUUGAUCUUCGACAGCAAGGCAAAACAUGGAGAGCUGUUAGUACUCAGCUCCAACGACCGAUAGGAUCGUGCUAUUCUCGCUACUAUCGCUUUCUGGACCCAUUUCUAGCAGAUGCAAUCGAAGAGGAUGAUAUGGACGAAGGUAGAGAACCAGAUUAUCAAGAAUUUAUGAAGAGCGCUAUCGAAGCUAGUCAACGAAAUCUGGAAGCCAAUGUCCCUCCAGCACGGUUAAGAAGAGCUAAGAAAGAAAAGUCGAGUGAGGCACCAUUGCCAUUGCCGUAUUCAGUUCAAGGCCCAUGGACGACUAAAGAUCGAGAACGACUCGAGAUGUUGGUCGUAGCUAAAACACCUUGGUCAGUCAUUGCUCGGGAUCUUGAACGAAACCAAGAGAGCUGCAAGGAGAAAUGGCUCCGGAUCCAAAAGACUCGUUUGGAGGAGAGGCGUAUAUCGAGACGAAUUAGGGGCGAUCGGUGGAUGCAACUUUACAAGGAAGGAUUUACACCUUAUCAUCGGGAUCAACUUGUUCAGGCGGUUGAGAAACAACUAAACGCCAAAAGAAUUAAUAUAGAAGUAGGAAGAGGAGGAGGAGGCCGUUUCGACGAUUAUUAUCCGUUAUCCAGCUUACAUGAUCAGCAAAACAAUGGCGAACCUUUUGCUAUAGCGACACCGAACCAGAUAGCACAUUCCGGCGAUUUUAAUACCGGUACUUGUAACGGCCAAGUAAUAACAGGAGGAGGGGGUGGGAUGAUAAUAAUCAAUUGGGAAGCGGUUGCGUCUUCUCUGCACAACAAGUUUCCAGCAGAUCGUCUGCAAUCUAUCUAUCACGAGCUUGCUGCUGCAAAGCUGAUAUGGACUCCUGAAGAGGAUGAACGACUUAUGCGAGCUGUUAUUCGAUUAGGGCCUCCCGAAUUCCAGCCAAAAAUUUGGACUAUGAUCAAAGAUGCAUUCGGAGAUGUGGUCAGAACCUCUGAGGAUUACAAGGCUCGAUGGAGAAUCCUUGAUCAGCCUCCGUUGGAGCGCGAGUGGGAUGAUUCUGAAAAGGUAAAAUUUUGGCGACGAUGGAUGGAGUUACAACGCGGAGAAGAAUCCUUAUUGGCCACAGCGCCCUUCUCGAAUACGAGCAGAAAUCCUUCACUUCUUUCUCAGGCUGAGGCAAUCGAAACUAAAACAGGCGAACAAAGUGAAGGAGCAGUGGUGGGGACUCCGUGGAAAGACUGGGCAAUUUUGAAGGAGUCCAUGUGGGACAUCAUUGCCGAAGGGCUAGAGUACAGACAUGGGCGAGACUGUGAGCUUUAUUUUAAGCAGACCACUCUUAGGUUUCCAAAAGACCCAGAGCUGUUUCGAUAUUUGACACAUGAAGUCGCUAAAGUUUAUUUAGAACCACGCAAAGUUCAUUGGACGCCUGAGACGUCUAGGUUGCUAGUAGCUACGGUGAAUACGUAUCGGCAGGCCAAUAAGACCAUUAACUGGCGAUCAGUGGCACAAAUCCUUGGUGACAGAUUCACCAUGAAGCAAUGUGAAUAUCGAUGGGAUUAUUGGUCACAAAAGCAAAAACAAGUAAUUGAUCAACAGAACUCAGCAACACUGGACUCAAAUGGGACUGAAGGAGCAACAGAAACAGCUAUGUUGAGUGCUAAGCAAGAUGGUAUUGAUAUUCAGCCCAAUGAAAGCCAUAAUACAUUAGCUGUCAUAGAGGAUAUUGAACGGGCUAAACCUCGUUUAUGGACAGAUCGGGAAUUGGAGCUGCUGAAUCAAGGUGUGCAAGAAUAUGGGCACAGUUGGGCGCAGAUUCGGAAUACUCUCUUACCACAUCGGACGACUAAAGCGCUUUAUGAACGUUACUGGCGUAGUCAAGCUAAAAAGCAUGGCCGGUUUACAGAACGGGAAAGAAGCCUACUGGAGACUGCAAUCCAAACACUGGGAGAAGACGCAGAUUGGGCUUUGAUUGCAAGCCAAGUUCCAGGCAGAACCGCCAGUCAAUGUCGAAAAAAUUGGAAAUAUAGUCGGACACACCAUGUUGCAAAAUUGGGUGAACCUUGGACUGACCAGGAUGUCGCAAGGCUUAAAGAGGCAGUACAUCGGUUUGGAACUAAGAAAUGGACAUUGGUUUCUGAAUAUGUCGUAGGCAAGACGGUGAGUCAGUGUCGAUAUUAUUGGCGCGACAAAUUGGAUCCGAGCGUUAACCGCAAGCCAUGGUCUGGAAUGGAGCUAGAUAAGCUGAUGGAGCGGGUUGAAAAGAUUAUGGCGCGUAAGGACGAGGAGGAAAGGCUUCGGAACCAGGAAUAUCAGACGCGGGAGAUGGAGAAGACCGAUGGUAGUCUUGGUUCAAAAGAUGUGAAACAGAUAAACAAAAAGAAAGCGAACGAACUAGUUCAUUUGGACCUUACACCGCGGUUUAAGGGCAAAAGAAAAAUUGACUGGAAAGAAGUAGCUGAAGGAAUGGAUGGUCGCACGCCUGAACAAUGCAGAGCACGCUUCAAAGCCAACCGUGAACUCUAUCGUAUUCAAGAGGAAGACUAUUAAAAGUAUC